AUGAAUGAGUGUGUAACUGAAGGAAUAAUAGUCAUUGCUCAGUUUGGUAUUGGAGCCACUCCACUUCCUUCACUGUUCCAGAACAGGAAUUCUUUCUGCACCGAAGGCAAGACACUCAUGGAGGAAGACUUGUACCGGGAUUAUCAACAAUACUAUGAGGUUGGUUUUUUGCUGUGUACAAAUAUCAACCAUAUCCCAGAGAAACUGAUUAUGUUUUACUCAUGUCAUCCUGAGGAGGUCACAUUACUUUGGCAGGUUACCAUGGAUGAGGAAUAUGUUCAAGGACAAUUCAAGAAGCUGCAAGAUCAGCGUAUGUCCAUGCAGAAGAAAACAUUCACCAACUGGAUCAACAAUGUUUUCUACAAGCGCAAUGUGAAUAUCAUAAUUCAAGAUCUCUACACUGAACUGAAAGAUGGCAUUGCCCUCCUACAGCUGCUGGAACUGCUAUCUGCUGAGCAGUUGCCCAGGCCAAACAGGGGACAGAUGAGGGUUCAUUUUUUGGAGAACAACAGCAAAGCUAUCCAGUUCCUCAAAUCAAAAGUAGACGUGAAGGUAAUUGGACCUGAGAACAUUGUAGAUGGAGACCGAACCCUCAUCCUGGGGUUAAUGUGGAUAAUUAUCCUCAGAUUUCAAAUUGCAUCCAUCAGUCUCGAUAAGGAGGAGUUUGGGCCCAGAGCUGAUGCCCUCUCUGCCAAUGAUGCCCUGCUGAUCUGGUGUCAGUGUAAGACCGCCAGUUACUCCAAUGUAAAUGUGAAAGACUUCUCCAAAAGUUGGUCUGAUGGGCUAGCCUUCAAUGCACUUAUUCAUGCUCACAGACCUGAUCUAAUCCAGUACAGCUCCUUGAGGCAUGACAAGCCCAUCGAUAAUCUCAAUAACGCUUUCACUGUGGCAGAGAAGCAGCUGGGAAUCGGCAAACUGCUGGAUGCAGAGGAUGUGGCGGUGCCAUUUCCAGAUGAGAGAUCUAUCAUGACCUACGUGUCAUGCUACUAUCACUACUUUUCCAGGCUGAAGCAGGGCCAGACUGUGCAGAAAAGGCUAGCUAAAAUUGUGUUCUUCCUGAAGGAGACAGAUGACUUGAAGUGCCAGUAUGAACAAAUGGUCUCUGAACUCUUGAAAUGGAUUAGGCUCAAAGUGGCAGAACUGGAUGAUCACUUCUUUCCUAACACUCUAGAGGAGAUGCGCCUUCUCAUGGGCAACUUUAAGAUCUUCCGCACUGUGGAGAAACCUCCCAAAUAUCAGGAGAAGGGGAUAAUUGAAGCCAAUUUCUUUCACAUCAGAACCAAACAGCAAGCCAACAACCAGCGCCCUUAUCUGCCACCUGAGGGAAGGACACUGAGAGAUUUGGAAAAGGAAUGGGGCAUUUUGGAAACAGCAGAGCACAACCGAGGAAAAGCAAUUCAGCAGGAGCUGCUGAGAAUGGAGAGAGUAGAGCAACUGGUCCAGAGAUUCCUGAAGAAAGCAGCUGUUCGUGUGGCAUACUUGGAGGACAUGAGGGAAACUGUGAAGAAACAGGAUGUUUGGCAACCUGAUAGCGUGGGGCAGCUUGAAGCUGCCAUGAGGACACUGGAAACCAUCGAGGCAGACAUGCUUCCCAGAGACCAGCGCUUCAAAGCGCUGGCUAAGAUGGCAGCAGAAAUCAAGCAUGAGAACUAUCAUAAUAAGGUCCAAAUCAUGAAGAAGCAAAAGGACAUUGCGCAGCAAUGGCAAGAUCUUUUGAGCCAGCUCCAAAGACAAAAGCACUCUCUGGGAGUGAUGCAGGAAGUGCUUGUCCUUCUGAGGGACAUUGAUACCAUCAUGGAGGAACUUAAAGAACUGCAGGUUCUAGUGAGUUCCCAGGAUUGUGGUAAACAGCUCUUGGAAGCAGUAGAUUUAUUGCAGAAGCACAAAUUGGCUGCCUCCCAGAUUUCUUCCAUUGGGGAGCAGCAGAUCUGGCAUAUAACUGAAAGAGCAGAAGCAAUUAUCAAAGGUAAAUCAGUCAAAUCAGAUGUGCUUCAAGCCAAAGUUCGGGUGCUCCAUCAGAUGAAUCAGAACCUUGGGGAUCUCUGCAAAACACGACAAUCCCAGCUAGAAGGGGCUCUGAAGCUUUUUGAGUUUUUCCAUGAAUGCAAAGAAGAAGAGUUGUGGCUAUCUGACAAGUGGAAGUUGAUGAAAACAGCAGUCUUUGGGCGUGAUCUCAGUCACAUUGUUGCCUCUCUCCAGAGCCACAAAGCUUUACAAGCUGAAUGUGAAUCCCACCAAGCAAUUUGUUCUAAGAUCGUGCGUAGGGGCUGGGAGCUAAGUCAGAAAAACCCUUCAAUCCAAAAGGAACUCCAGAAGCAGACGGACCAUCUCCAGAAAUUGUGGCAGCAGCUUCAAGAUGAAGUGGUCAAGCGUAAAAUGCACUUAGAGGCAGCUGCUCUCAUCAAACAGUACUUCGCUGAUAUUGAUGAGGUGGACUCCUGGCUACGAGAACAGCAAACCCUCCUAGCCAGCACAGAUUAUGGGAAGGAUGAAUCCAGUGCAGAAGCUUUGUUGCAUCGCCAUUUCUGUCUGGAGAGAGAAAUUGCAGCGUAUUCUUCAGAAAUAAGUCGCUUAGAAGAGCAAGCUCAUUCCGUGACACAGAAGGCUGCAUCUGUGAUGGUGUCAGUGCCAAGCACAAGCACAGAGGUCUAUGACAGCACAAACCAGAGACUAGCCAAGCCACCAGCAAAUCAUUCCAUGCCACGGACUUCUGCCAAAACUACAUUCACUGGUCCAUUUGGCUCCGAUCCUCACUUUGUUGCAGAAAACAUCUGGAAAACCCAGAAUAAGAUUGGCUUAUUAUAUGAAAAGCUUCAAACAAUGACUGAGCAAAGGAAAGAAGGGUUAGAGGAAAGAAUCCGACUUUACCAGUUCUACAGUUCCUGUGAAGAAUUUCAGUCUUGGAUAGAUGACAAGGAGAAAAUUUUCCGGACCAUCCAGCCAAAAGCAGAUAAUGUGGAGACCAUGCAGAUGAAAUACCAGACUUUCCUAAUGGAAUUAGCUGCUGGAAAGAGCCAACUGGAUGAGAUCAAUUGCUUAGCAGACAUGUUCUCUAAGAGCAGCCCUGAAAAGCAGAAUGAGAUCCAAAUCUGCCAGAAAGAGAUAAGUAUGAGGUGGCAGUGCCUGGAAGCAUUAAAGGAAGAGAAGGGCUCAGAGCUCAUUGGUGUGGCUGAUGUGAAGACUUUCCUUCAAGACUGCCAGAACACUCAAGGGGUGCUACAAGACAAGUUGAUCCACCUUGAAGAUUCAGGACAUAGAAAUGUGCCGUAUGUUCUAGAGGCAGAUAGGCACAAACUCGCAGCCUUUGAGAGAGAAGUCUUAGUCCUGGAGAGAAAAGCUGAAUACCUGAAAAGUGUGGCCAAAUCUAUCAAGGAUACCAAUCCUGCAGAAAGCAAGGUAAUAAAGGAGCAGGUAGAAGACAUGGAGGAGCUUCUGUUGACACUAAAAUCAAAGGCAGAUGAGAAGGAGACAGCUUUGCAGGCAGCACAAGAUCAACACGCCUUUCUUCAAGACAGCCGUAGACUCCUGUUGUGGGCAGAUGGUAUGAGAGAGAAGCUGGCUAGUGAGGAGAUGGGUGUCGAUGUGGUCUCUGCGGAGCAAUUGUUAAAAACACACCAGGACUUGCUGAAGGAGAUACGUAGCCAGAGCAACAGGUUCAGGCAUCUGCAAGAACUGGGUCAGAAAAUAAUGGACAGUCCAACCAGUGUCAAGUCUCUGGAUAUUUAUGAGUCCAUGCACAGGCUUACUCAGGAAAGGAAUGAGCUGGAUGAGAUGUGGGCAAAGCAACGAAAGAAGCUUCAGGAGGGUGUAGAACUUCAGAAAUUCAAUAGAGAAAUUGAUUGUAUUUAUGCAGCCCUUUCCAGCCAUGAGGCCUUUCUCCAAACUGAUAACCUUGGGGACCACAUGGAUUCUGUUCGGAGCCUUCUGAAACGGCAUGAGGAUUUUGAAAAAGUGUUGCUAGUGCUGAAACAUCGGGCAGAUACAGUCAAUGAACAUGGGGAGCAGCUGGUAGAGAGGGGCCAUUUUGCUUCUGACAUGAUUGAGGAGAGAAUGGCUGCCUUACGAGAGAGAUGGAAAUUGCUAACAAGUAAUAAUGAAGAGAGAAAGAAGAGGUUGCUAGCUUCUCUUCUAUUACAGGAAUUCAGUCAUGACACUGCUGAGCUCUUGAUGUGGAUGGAGGAGAAAUACAAGAUAGCAUCUGAUGAGUCCUAUCGUGACCCAACAAAUAUCUUGCGCAAGCUGAAAAAGCAUGAGGCUGCAGAACAGGAAAUGAUGGCCAAUAAGAAGCAUUUUGUGGAACUUAUGGUGGCUGGAAAUCAACUGGUUCAGGAUGACCACUAUGCUGCAGAUUCCAUUCAGGAUAAAAUGUCAGAGAUGAAGAAGAAGUGGGAGAAGCUGUACAGCAAGAUGAUGGAGCGAGGAGACAAACUGAGGCAGGCUGGACAGCAAGAGCAACUCAUGGAACUUCUUGAGGAUGCUGAAGACAAGAUAGAGAAGAUUGAGAAGGUUCUCCAUGAUGCAAAGAUGGGUCAUGACUUACAUUCUAGUCGUAAUUUGCUCAAGGAGCACAAUCAGUUAGAAAAUGAGGUACAGGGAUUGGCUGAGAAAAUGAGCUCCAUCGUGAUCCAUGCCAAGAAAAUGGCUACAAAUCAUUUUGACAGUGAGAGGAUUUUGGAUGAGACGCAAAGGUAUUUGGAAAGGUUUGAUUCUCUCCAGGAACCUUUUGCUGAAAGAAGCCAGCUGCUGCAGGCAAGAGUAGAACUGUACCAGUUUUACCAUUACCAUGACAUGGAAAUGAAAUGGAUUAAUGAACGAAUGUCAGUUGCUGACUCUGCAAACCGAGGCAAGACCUUGGAUGUGGCUCAAAACUUGUUGCAGAAGCACAAGGAAUUACAGGUGGAGGUAAAUGCCCAUAAGCAGCAAGUCUUCAGAGUUCUAGAGAAAGGAAGAGCUAUGACAGAAGACAAUCACAUGCCAUUCCAGAGAAUCAAGGAAAAAUGCCAGGAGCUAAAUAAAAACUGGAUGGAGCUGGAGAAAGCAUGUGAGGAAAGAAUCAAGCAGCUACAGCAUUCUGUUGCCUUCCAUCAGUUUUUAAUAGAUGUCUCAGACCUGGAGAGUUGGGUAGGAGAGAAGCUCCCACUGGUAACCAACAAAGACUGUGGUAAAGAUGAGGCUGCAACUCUCAAACUCAUAAAGAAGCAUAAGGCACUGGAGCAUGAGAUUGACAUUUACCAGGGUUUAGUAAUGGAACUGGGUGAAACUGCCAAAACUCUUCCCCUCCCGGGCUCCGUUCACUUUGAUGAAGUAGAUGCGCCUCAAGAACAAGUUCACUCACAGCUUCAGGAGCUGCAGGACCUGUCCAUAGAAAGGGGUAAAAAACUGGAAGAGACUUUUCAAUUGCAUGAGUUCCUGAGGGAAUAUGAGGAUUUGGAGGACUGGAUCAGGCAGCAGAAGCAGGUGGCCAGUUCUUAUGGCUAUGGCACUGAUUACAAACAUGUCCUGCGUCUCUGUGCCAAAUAUGAAACAUUCCAGCACCAGAUUGAAGCUGCUGCCAAGAGGGUUGCCACAUGUCACCAGCAAGCAGAUAAUAUGUUGGAUCAUGGCCAUUUUGAAUCUAGGGAGAUUCGGAAGAGGCAAAAACAGUUGCGGAAUUCUUGGGAGGAAUUGCUGGAGAUGACAAAAUUUCAAGGAGAACUACUACAAAAUGCUGAGGCAAUACACAAGUGUCUGCAAGACCUGACAGAAGCCCUUGGCCACAUUGAGGAGAAAUCUAAGGCCAUCCCUGAUGACAUUGCAAGAGACCUGAGUGGUGUACAGUCCCAGCUACGCAGACAUGCAACCCUUGAGCACGAACUGUUUGGGAAUGAGCAGCAGCUUCAGGAGUUGAUUGAUGCUGCAGAUGGUGUGCUCUGCCAGUGCUCUGUAAGUCAAGCAGAAGAGAUACAAGCAAAGCAGCAGGCAGUGGUGGAAAACUGGGAGUCCCUGAGAUGUAAAGUGGAGCAAUGCAGGGAACAGCUGGAACAAACCUGCAGACUCUACCACUUUCAAACAGAACAGAAAGCUGACUCUCAGUCUAGGAGAGUGGGCCACAGAAAUGGAGGUGGCAGUAAUGGCAGCGGAAGGCUGAGAAGACUGGGGCAGAAGGCGGAGGGAGGGCAGAAGAGACUGGGCGUCUGGGGAAGAGGAGGCGCCGGGGGUAGUAGAGCUGCACCUCCAAGAGCAGCCCGCGCCACCAAGAGCAGCCCGGGAAUGAAAGUGCUGCCGGCGGGUGGGGACGGAAAACUGAGAAGACUGGGGCAGAAGGUACGGGACUAUUAUUCCUGGGCAUCAGAGAUGACGAGAGAAAUGAUUACUAAGGAGAAUAUUCGGAAUAUAUCCACUAGUGGUCUGAAGCUUAAUCAACAUCAGCAACUGUUGGCAGAGAUUGAGGCCCGUGAUGAGAUGUAUAAACGGGUGGUACAGCUGGGGCAAGAGUUACUGCUGGAACAGAAAACCCCAACAAAAGAAAUCCAGGACAUAUUGCAGGCUCUGCUGCAAGAAAAAGACGACGUGUACCGCAAGUGGGCACAGAAGAGGGAAUGGCUGGAGAAGAUCCAUCUCCAGCAAAUGUUUUACAGGGAUUGUGAACACCUGGACAAUAUCUCAAAUUCUCAAGAGAUGUAUUUGAAAAGCAGUGACUUUGGGAACACAGUGGAGGAGGUAGAGAAGCAGAUCAGGAAACAUGAAGCUUUUGAAAAGCUUCUGGUCUCCCAGGAAAAAAAGGAAUUGUCUCUUCAGGAACAGGCAAGGAGGCUGCAGCAGGAUCAUGAGCUGGAAAGAAUGCAGAUCCAGCACAAGCUCAAAAUUGUGUUAGAAAGGAGGAAAUGCAUCAAAGAUCUCUCUCAAUACAGGCAAGAAAAACUGCAAAUAGCUCUUCUGCUGGCUCUCUUCUACCAGAAUCUAGCAGAGGCAGAGAGCUGGAUUGAUGAGUGCAUGAAAAAGCUGGAAGAUUCUUCUUUUCAAAACCUCAGCAACUUGAGUGAAAAAAUGAAACUUCUGCAGAAGCAUCAAGUCUUUGAGGCUGAGAUUCUGGCUCACAAAGAUUUAAUUGGAACUGUAAACAUGAGAGCAGAUGCCCUAUUGCACCAGAAUCAUCCUAAAUCAGGGGAGAUCUGCCGUAAGACUCGCUUGCUUCAAGAACGAUGGGAGAAGCUGAAAUGGGCUGUUGCUGCUCGUGGAAAGAUGCUUGAAGACAGUAGAGAUUUUCUGGAAUUUCUGCAAAAGGUGGACCAUGUAGAGGCCUGGAUCAGAGACAAGGCAGUGAUGAUUAAUAUUGGUGAUGUGGGAAAUGACUACGAACACUGCCUGCAACUCAUGAAAAAGCUGUAUGAAUUUCGAGGAGCAGUGGGGGAAGUGACUGUGGAUGAUGCACACAUCAUAGCCAUAAAUGCCCUUGCUGCAAGACUGGAGAGACAGAACAAGGAAGAGAUGAAAACAAUAUACCAGCGCCGAAAACAGCUAAAUGAGAGAUGGAACAGUUUCCAUGGUGAUCUGAAAGCAUAUAGGAGGAAGUUAGAAGGAGCUCUGGAGAUUCAUGCCUUGAUCAGAGAAAUUGAUGACACCAUAGAGAGAAUCAGUGAGAAGAGUUCAUUGAUGCAAGCACUGGAUUAUGGGAAAGAUGUGGAAAGUGUAGAAAACCUAAUCCGGAAACAUGAAGAUGUUGAGAGAGAAACUGGCAUAAUUCAAUCCAAGAUGGAGUCCUUGGAGCUGCAGUCGUGCUCCCUUUACAAGACGACUCCAUCCUCCAUAAAUGAUAAACUUACUAUGAAGCAAAAGGAGAUGAAAGACCUUUGGCUACGACUUCAGGGCCAGGCCAAGCAAAGGAGAGAGAAGUUGUCAGCGGCUUACCAGAUGCAGAAGUUUAACUCUGAGAUGAAGGAGCUUCUGGACUGGAUUCAAGAAGUCAAAGGCCAAAUGGAGGCUGGGGGUCUUCCGAAAAGUCUAGCUGAAGCAGAAAGUAUGAUUGAAAAGCAUCAUGAAAUAAAGGCAGAGAUUGAAGCACGAGGGGGAAGGUUCACUGCACUCAGCAACCACAGUCAAAAACUCACCAGCUCUGGUCAUUAUGCAGCCCCUGAGAUUCACCAUUCCCUCAUCAGACUACAACAGGCGUUCACUGAAAUGAUCCAGAUCUGGCAAGAACAAAAUCUAAAACUGCUUCAAGCCAAAAACUUACAGAAAUACUUUGGCUAUGUGGAGGAGAAUGAAAGCUGGAUCAGCAGCAAAGAGGCCUUCAUAGCAAACAAGGACCUGGGGGAUUCUGUGUCCAGUGUGGAAAGCUUGCAGCAAAAACACAUGCAGUUUGAAAAAGCCUUGGAAACCCAGCUGGAGAAGAUUGAUCUGAUGGCCUCAUUUGCCCAGCAGCUGAGGGACAGCAAGCAUUAUGACUCAGAGAACAUAAUGAACAAGUGUCAGGCUGUUCUGAGGAGAAAGGAGAGACUUCUGGAAAUUGCAUUGGCUCGCAGGAGACUGCUGGAGGAGUCGUGGCUACUGCAAAAAUUUCUGCGUAAUUCCUUCGAGGUGGCUGCCUGGAUGAGUGAAAAAAACAGUAUCGCUCUUGAUGAGAGUUGGAGAGACCUUAGCAACCUUCAGGCCAAACUGCAAAAGCACCAGACUUUCCAGGCAGAGAUUGUGGCCAACAGGAACCGCUUAGAUAGUAUCAAAGCUGAAGGAGAGAAGAUGCUCCAGGAGGAACAUUAUGCUCCUGAGGCUAUCCAGUCCAGAUUGCAAGAAAUAGAUGAACUUUGGGAUCAGCUGCUGGAAAACUGUCAUGAAAAGAGAAGAAAGAUGCAAGAUGCCUACAAGGCUCUACAUUUCCUACGCAUCGUGGAUGAUGUGGAUAAUUGGUUGGGAGAUCUAGAAAGUGAGAUGAAAGCACCAGAAGGCAGAAAUAACCUACUUGUUCUAGAUGAUCUUCUAAAGAAACAAGAAGAAUUGGAAGAUGAUUUUUCCGGCCAUAGGGACCAGUUGCAAGGUCUUAUCAAUACUGUGCAAGAAUUCCAACAAGAGAAGCAUUUUCUGGCAGAUGAGAUAGAAGAGAGAGUAGACCAUGUAGUACACAGGUACAAGAGUCUUAGGGAGCCAUUGCAGGAGAGGCAUGGUUGUUUGGAGGCCAGCAGGCUCCAGUACCAAUUCCUUCAGGAUAUCAAUGAGGAGUUAACCUGGAUUCAUGAGAAAAUGCCCCUGGCAUCAUCCAGAGACUUUGGCCAAUCUCUUACAACUGUUCAGAGUUUACAGGAAAAACAUCAGAAUUUAGAGAACGAGAUUAGCAGCCAUGAUGCUUUAACGAAAGCAGUCAUCAGCACUGGACAAAAGCUAGUAAAAGCGGGGCACUUUGCUUCUCAUGAUAUCAUGGAACAGGUGAAAGAACUGGAGCUUUCCUUAGAAAGCCUGAAGGAUGAGGCUCAAGAAAGAAGAAAGAGGCUCAUACAGUCAUAUGAAGCCCAGCAUUUCCUCACUGAGCUUUUGGAAGUGGAAUCCUGGAUGACGGAGAGGGGGCUUGCCCUGGAAAUCACAGAUUAUGGGAGGAAUGAAGAAUCUACCCAAGCAUUGCUUCGUAAAGUAGAAGCUGCCAAGCUGGACCUAGAGGGAUUCAAGCCCCGCAUUGAGAAGCUGAGGGAAACAGGAACCUACCUUUUGACCAGUGACAACCCAGAGAGCUUAAUUAUCCUUCCCAAGCUCAAGACUGUUCUGGGAGAAUAUACCUCUUUCCUACAGAAAGCAGAGACCCAAAGGAAAGGUCUGCAAGAACAAUCCCAGCUGCAUCAAUUUGAGAGGGAAUUGCAGUUGGUAGAUGCCUGGCUUUCCAAGAAACAGAGCAUGGCUGAAUCAGAUAACUAUGGUCAAGAUUUGGAGGAUGUUGAGAUUCUGGAGGAAAAAUUUGAAGAGUUUGUGAAGGGAAUAAGAACUCUGGGCCAUGCAAAGGUUCUCAUGAUAAAUGACUUGGCAUCCCACCUUCAAAGUGCGUCCCAUAGCCAAAUACGUGAUAUCCAGAAGAAGGCCCAACAGAUCAAUAGCAAAUGGGAGAGACUGCAGCAAGCUAUCCAGAACAGGGCUGAGAAUCUCAGAGCAGCUCAUCACGUUCACCAAUAUGAUCGUGAUGUGGAUGACCUAAAGGGGUGGAUGCAGGAGAAAGAGGCUGUUGUUGACCGAGAAGAUUAUGGCUAUGACCUGCCAGGUGUGCAGACCCUUCUCAGCCAACACGAGGGAGUUGAGAGGGAACUAGCAGCCAUUGUAAGAGAGCUGGAAAGGCUCAGAGGAGAGGCCUGCCGUCUUGGCCAUCUGUACCCUCAGCCCAGGGACAACAUGAUACAUAGACUCUCAGAGGUGGAUGAGUGCUGGGAGAAACUGCAGAGGAAGUCUGUGGAGAGAAAGCAGAAACUGCAGCAGGCAGAACAAGUCCAGGUCUACUUCAGUAAUUGUACAGAAUCGAUGGCCUGGGCCAAUGAGAUGCAUGCCUUGAUUAUAACUGAGGAGUUAGCAAGUGAUCUGCUUGGUGCUGAACUGCUUAUUAAACGCCAUGAGGAGUACAAGCAUGACAUAGAGAAACAGUGGCUGAAAUAUGAAGACUUGCAGCAAGUUGGAAACAGCCUAGUGAGGAAUGGGCACUUUAUGUCCAUGGAGAUUGAAGAGAAACUGUCAGAACUAUUGGAGUUGAUGAGAAAAGUGAGGGAAUGCUGGGACAUGAGGAAGGGUUUUUAUGAAGAAAACUGGGAGAUCCAGUUACUGCGAAGGGAGCUGGACCAAGCUGAAGCUUGGCUGACUGCCAGGGAGGGUUUUCUCUCAGAUCCUAGCUAUGGGCAUUCCAUUUCUAAUGUUGAGCAACUGCUGAAGAAACAUCAAGAUUUUGAAAAGGUGCUGGAGGCUCAAGAGGAGAAGUUUCAACAGCUGAACAGAAAGACAAAGAGGGAAUUGAAGCUACUGAAACAAAUUGAUCAUCAGGAGAGUGGGCAAAGAGAGGGGGGGAAAUUGAUCAAGGUCCCCUCCCUAAGAAGACGGCCUUCAGAAAGAAGAAGAGCACUUGCAAGACUGCUAGAACCGAAGAACACUCAACAGUUACCAUCUGGAUCAUCAGCUCUCACCUUGAGAGUUCCCCUGGAACACGUUGCCUCUCCUACCCAAAAGUCCAAAGAGGGUUUGCAUCAGUUCGGUUUUGGAGAAGACCCAGGGUUGGCCAGCCCCACUGAUGCCAGUGCUUCAUCCAAUUUUCUUGGCCUACAGGAUUCAGCCCCAGAAACUCAGAACACUUUGCCUUCUUCAUUACCCCAUGAUUUGAAAAUUCAGCAACCUGCCAGUGAUUUGUCAAAACUGCAUGCUAAUGAUUUUGAACCAUCACAUUCAAAAAAUAUUAGUGAAAACUCCCUUUUUAAUGUGGAAACCAAAGGCGUCACGACUGUGUCUAGCAGAGGAUCACUGGACAUUUCUCCAACUGUACCACACUCAGAUUUACUUCCCAAGAGAUCUAUAACUGAGGUUUCUCCAACUCACCAGAACAUGGAGGGUUUCCUAGAGAAGAGGGACCAGAUCCUUCCAGGAAGAAAACAGCCAAAGACUAGGGCUUGGAACACUUACUAUGUUAAAUUUGUGGGACAGAAACUUGAAUUCUACAGUAAUGAAAAGGAAGCAACCCAGGAUGCAACUCCCAUCUUGUCAGUCAGCACUGCUGGAGCCAAGACCGAGAAGCUGACCCACUAUUUAAGGAAAGAAAAUGCUUUCAGCUUGAAGCUGAGCAAUGGAGCAGAGUAUUACUUUGCAGCACCUUCUCCAAAGCUGAUGGAGGAUUGGCUGCAAGCAUUACUGAGUAACAUAGGCCACCAUAGCAGCCAGUGCUCUCUGAAGAAGGAGGUUCCAGUCACCACAGUGUCCAUGAGCUCUCCGAUCAAACCUUGGGUCUUUGCAGAGGAAGGUUCUGUUGAAAGGCAGGUCAUGAAAGGUUUCCUUCACAGGCGAACUCCUUCCUUCAGAGUUGCAAAAGAAAAAGGGUCUGCUGGAAAUCUCCAGAAAUCAAGCGAAAUGGCACAUGGCUUUAAUAUAACUUUUGCUCAGGACUCUGAAGAUUCUGAUGCUUCUUCUCUGACCUCAGCAGAGUCAGAUUCAGCAACUCAAUUGACUUCCAGUCUGUCAGAUCUCCCUCAAAGCUAUUGCAAAACCCAUCCUUAUCCUAAUGGAGAAGAGAAUGGAACUCAGGGACAGGAAGCUCAAGGAGCCAAAGCUGAACCCACAACUGAAAUAACAAGGAGCCUGGACAAUCUGCAGACUUCAGGGAGAAAAGAACCAGAGAUAAAUGUCAAGAAAACAAAACAAAAGAAAGAGAAAAAUGUAUUUAAAAAGCUUUUUACUAAGAAAUAAGAGUGGGAAAGGAAAGUGAGUGCUCUAGUUCUCUGGAUGGGCUGAGCUCUCCUCUUCACCCUACUGCCUUCAGGUUUAGAUAAGAACAGACAGGGUGAGAAGAAUGAGUGCAAUAGAGAUUCGAAACAAAGAACAGUGCCACUGCUAGUCAUGAAACACAAUUAUUUUGGUUCUGUUGAUUAGGCCAUUGUAAACUGAAUAUACUUGAAGACCAUGAAAGUGCAACAAUAACAGUGGCCAGUAUUGAAGGAUACCAUCAGUUUUGGCAGUCUUGCUAUUUCAUGGCAACUAUCAAUAUAGGCGGAAGGCCUGAAAUUGCAACACUAAUCAUACUUACUGGAGAGAAAAUCCAAAUAAAUUCAGUGGGAGUUGCUCUGUAAGAAAGGCAGACUUAAAGGAAACAUUGGGUUGUAUCCUAACAUUUCUUUCCUUCCACAAGGACUCCUUAGGACACAAGCCACUGUUGGGUUAAAACCUUUAGUUUUAACAAAGUGCCUCUGAAUUCUGUGUGCUUUUUAAGAACAAACCUAACAUUUACAAAUCAAAGUAAAUGGUACCAUAGCAGAAGACAAUAAUGAAAAUGUCUAUGAAUCUUUGUGUUAGUUUUUGAUAAAUAUUUUCUUUUUUUACGUUUGAAAACUAUUUUCUAAAGGAAAUGAGGUUUUAGAUCAUUCUUGGAAUGGAAAGCAGAUAUUCUGAUAUUUCCCUACUGUAAACUUUAAUUUACAAAAGCAUUUUUCAUACCUCUCCUAAAAUAAAACCAACCACACAUAG